AUGGGCAACCAACCCUCCGUUCCUCAGCCAGGCACUAAGUUCCAAGUAAUCGGCGCUGGCCUCUCACGCACCGGAACUUCCUCCUUCAGCGAAGCAUUGCGCAUCUUACUCAAUGGGCCUGUCUAUCAUGGUGGUACGCAGGCUACUCUGGGCGCUGAGAAAGAGAUCAAGCCGCUGAUCAAGAUACUUGAUCAUUCACCACCGAAGUCGCCCUCCGAGAAAGAGCUUGUACACGAUCUGCUGAGGCAGCGCCUGGACGGCUAUGCGGCAGCCACCGACAUGCCAUUCAACGGGCUGGUACAAGAGCUAGUCGAAGUUUAUCCUGAUGCGCUGGUCAUAUGCACGACUCGGGAUCCAGAUGCGUGGGUGAAGAGCAUAGGAACCAUAACAAACGCAACGACAAAGUGGUUUUUACGCUUUGUACUCUUUCCUCUCCCAGGCAUGCGCCACUUUGUCGACUUUACCAACGGCCUAGGGAAGCAAUGGGUAGAGUUGUAUGGAAAGCAUGAUGGGGUCUCCACCCGAGACUAUAAGGCGCACAUCGCCUACUUGAAGAGGGUUGUGCCCGAGGAAAGACUGUUCUUCUUCGAUGUCAGAGAGGGUUGGGAGCCGUUGUGUAAGGCGCUGGGGAAGGAUGUCCCGAAGGAUAUUCCCUUCCCGAGAAUCAACGACGGAGAAGCGAUUGAUAGACUAGCCAAAAAGAUGAUUAACAAGGGUCUGAUGAGAUGGCUAGCUAUCUCUGCUAUGGUGGGAGCUGCUAUUGUUCCCUACUACCUUUUGAAGCGGUAG